UGUCACGCGUGGGGCGGAGAAGGUGGGAGGGCCCGGGUUGUCUGCCUGAGCUUACAGCAUUGGCGCCAAGUGCGGGAUGUUGCUGCUGCUGAAGGCGGUGGACGCGUGAUUAGAAGCCCACCCGCCGCCGGCCAUGGAUAUUCGAAAAUUUUUCAAUGCCACCGCGGUUGGCAAGAAAGCCGUUAGUGAGAAAGAUGUUAAAAAAGAGAAAAUCAAAAGCCCUGACCGAGUCACUGGACAUAAAAAUUCAAAAGACAACAAGGUAAAAAGUCCAGACAGUGAUGUAAAGAAAAAGCAGCAAAUUAGCAAGAAGAAGAGAACAAUUUAUGAUUCAGAUUCUGAAGAGGACACACCACCAGUAAAAAAAUCUAAAAGGCCUCCAAAAGCUUCACCACCACUUACAAAGCCACUGAAAAUCAAAAAGCCAGAUCCUGUUGACUAUGUCUCUGAUACAGAUGAAGAAGACUUUGCUUACUUGAAAAAGCCCAAGAAACCCAAAGAAAAUGGAACUUCAGCUGUUUCGCCCCCUGCAAAAUCUCUGGUCACAGCCAAAACCCUUGUGCCAGCUAAAGCCAAGACCCCCGAACGGCGAAUCUGUACCUCGGUGGUAGAUUACUUUGGGCUUGACAGUGUUAAACGUUCUAAUAAGAAGCUGGUGGAAAGCAAAAAGGAAGACCCACGUAGAAGCACAGAGGAGUCUACGGUGGAUGAUGCAGCCAUUGCUAAACAGCUGCAGCUUGCAGAGGAUGAAGAGAUGGAAAGACAACUCCAUGAAGACGAGAAAUUUGCCCGAACGUUGGCAAUGAUAGAUGAUGUGCCAAGACCUAAGGCACAGAAAGACACUGAAAAAAAACAGACAACCUCCGCCGCUGCGAAAAUAAGUCCAGCAAAGGCUGAGAAACCUCUAUCUUCAGCCAGAACGACAAGCCUAUCAGAGGAAUCCACAAUCAAGAAGGAAAAAGAUUUCAAAUCGGAGACCAAAAAGACUUCACGUGCACAGUCUGACUCGUCAUCUUCACACAAAGACAAGAGCUCGCCAGUAAAGACCAGCUCCAAGCUGGCUCUGAUGAAACAGAGGGAGGAAACGCAGGAGAAAGAGAAGGCCGUGUCCAGCCCUGCUGCUAAAGCCAAGGUUAUUUCCCCAAAGAAGGAACUGAGCACACCAGUGAAAUCCCCUCAGAAGUCAGAGUCCAGUCCUGAAGACUCUGAGAAGAAAAAGGCUAAUUAUAAAGCAUAUAGGAAUUUUCUUAAUCGAGAAGGUCCUAAAGCUCUGGGUUCCAAGCAGAUACCCCAGGGAGCAGAUAACUGCAUGGAAGGGAUGACAUUUGUCAUUACUGGAGUCCUGGAGUCCAUUGAAAGAGAUGAGGCCAAAUCAUUAGUGGAACGCUAUGGGGGCAAAGUUACUGGAAAUGUCAGCAAGAAGACCAGCUACCUCAUUAUGGGCCGUGAUGGUGGAGUAUCCAAACAGGAGAAGGCAGAGAGCAUAGGGACAAGGAUUAUUGAUGAGGACGGUUUGUUUGAUUUAAUCAGCACUUUGCCUGGCAAGAAGUCAAAGUACGUUAUAGCUGCAGAGAUGGAGAAUAAAGCUAAAGGGAAAACUGAGAAGACCCCAGAGAAAGUUGUAAAGAGGCCAAGUCCGGAUAAGAGGAAACUGACUCCAGAAAAGAGAGAAUCCCCACCGGCCAAGAAAUCGGGCACUGGUAUGAAAGUGUUGUGUGAUGAUGAAAAAGAAAAGCGCGUGAAACCGGCGGAAAGGGCAACUUCUGCUAAAGCAUUGGAUUUACCCCCAGUCAGCGGCAAGAUGGAGAGUUUACUCUGGGUGGAUAAAUACAAACCUACAUCUGUCAAAACAAUUAUAGGACAGCAAGGAGACCAGAGCUGUGCCAACAAACUGGUGAGAUGGCUGAAAGCCUGGUACCAGAACCACUCUACCGAUGACAAGAAACCUGCUGGGAAAUUCAACAAAUUUGGCGGCAAGGAUGAUGGAUCCUCUUUUAAAGCAGCCCUGCUGUCUGGUCCCCCGGGCAUUGGGAAAACCACAACAGCUGUGCUGGUCUGCAAGGAACUUGACUACAGCUACGUGGAGUUAAACGCCAGUGACACCCGCAGCAAGAACAGUAUGAAGGGAGUGGUAGCAGAGUCCCUGAACAAUACCAGUAUUCAAGGCUUUUAUGCUGGGACCAGCAAGUCUGUAAGUGCCAAACAUGUCCUGAUCAUGGAUGAAGUGGACGGUAUGGCAGGAAAUGAAGACAGAGGGGGAGUACAGGAGUUAAUCACUUUGAUCAAACAAUCUAAGAUCCCCAUCAUCUGCAUGUGUAACGACCGGAAUCACCCUAAAAUCCGGUCACUGGCCAACUACUGCUUUGACCUCCGCUUCCAGAGGCCGAGAGUGGAACAGAUUAAGGGGGCCAUGAUGUCUGUGGCUUAUAAGGAGGGAUUAAAGAUUCCGCCACCAGCAAUGAAUGAAAUUAUUCUUGGGGCAAACCAAGACAUUCGGCAGGUACUACAUAAUCUCAGUAUGUGGUGUGCCAGCAAUAAAGCCCUGACCUACGAUGAGGCAAAGAGCAGCGCCAACAACGCCAAAAAGGACAUUAAAAUUGGUCCUUUCGAUGUUGUGCGGAAGGUGUUUAGCAGCGGUGAGGAAACUGCUCACAUGACCCUCAUAGACAAGUCCGACCUCUUCUUCCAUGACUACUCCUUGGCACCUCUCUUUGUUCAGGAAAACUAUGUCCAUGUGAAGCCAGCUGCUGCGGGCGGGAACAUGAAGAAGCACUUACUUCUCCUGAGCAAGACGGCUGACAGUAUAGCUGAUGGGGACCUGGUGGACAGGGCUAUCCGCAGUAAGCAGACCUGGAGUCUCCUGCCUACACAGGCAAUAUAUGCCAGUGUCCUUCCCGGGGAGCUGAUGAGGGGCUACAUGUCCCAGUUUCCCAACUUUCCAAGCUGGCUAGGAAAAUAUUCAUCCACCGGGAAGCACGACCGCAUCACCCAGGAGCUGGCCAUGCACACGUCUCUGAGGACCAGGUCCAGUAAGCAAGCCCUGAACCUGGACUACCUGUCAUACAUGCGGGACAAGCUGGUGUGGCCGCUGGCUGAGCGCGGUGCAGAGGGUGUACAGCAAGUAGUGGAUCUAAUGGACACUUACUACUUAAUGAAAGAAGACUUUGAUAACAUCAUGGAGAUCACUAGCUGGGGAGGGAAACCCAGCCCCUUUUCCAAACUUGACCCCAAGGUAAAGGCGGCCUUCACGCGUGGCUACAACAAGGAAGCACAUCUCACCCCUUACUCCUUACAAAUGGUGAAGGCCUCUAAAAGAGACCCCACCCCAGCACUGGAGUCUGAGUAUGGCGAGGAGACGAACAACGAGGAAACGCAGACUAAAGAAGAGGAAGAUGAUGUCGGCGUAGAUGCAAUGAUCAAGGUCAAAAAGGCAAAAACAUCUAAACCUUCCAAAGUAGAAAAGAAGAGUGGAGACAAAAAGCCGGGGAAAGCAAAGAGCAAGAAGGUGAAGUGAGGCCGGAAUGUGAUCCCUGGGUGACAAAUGCCCAUGUACUGAUAGUAUGCCUCACCUGGAUAAAGCAGCGUCUCUGGGAUGGGUGUAAGACACAGGACGGAGCAGAGGACGUUGCAGUGACUGCUCCGCGCUCACACUAGGAUGAUGUUGCACUGUGAGACACGUACAGUAGUCUGGAACGGCUAAGCAUACAGCCACAUACAGUCAUAUUAUACCCCGAGGGCUUCCGUAUCUAUCCGGAGAAUCUCCAGCACUUUCUGCAGAUGUACCUAUCUUACAGAGACUUUGCAUACUGGCUUCUGUAUAUAGACAAUACAUAGUACUUUGUUUUGUAUAAUACUUUAUUGUAACUAUAAAGAGCUUCAUUAAAACUAGUUUCACAGA